AGAAUGUUAGGGCCGAUUUCAACAAAAAGACUGCGCCCUCGAAACAUUUUUAUAUUCUACUAUUGAGAAUGUCAGUAUAUUACACAUGGGCAUGGCAUAAACAUUUGAACUUACUGGUAAUAUUCUCUUUUUUCAGCUUCCCCCUCAACAGCAUUGUAACAUUCACUGGAAACAAGAUGGAUAAGGUCUACGAAGGCGUAUGGAAGUCUAUACUGAGCGGACCGUAUAACGUGGUGUUCUCGCACGAGGAUUUCGUCAUUGACCACUACUGCUUUCUAGGCUAUGAAGUGGCACAGAUCUUCACAACUGUCAAAGAACCCAGCGACGAAUUGAUGGAACUGAUAUGGGAAGUUGUCGGUAAUCACACUGAAGUGGACAAGUCUAAAUUUCAGAAAGUGGUCUGUUAAUGCUGUACUUCUGAUAAAUAAAUAUUUACGCAGUGCAUUUUGA